AUGUAUACACCUAAUACUAUCACUGAUAAAAAAUUUGAAGAACAUCUUUUUCAAGAAAUUCGUAUGAAAAGUCUGGUAUAUUUGAAUGAACAACAUUUAUCAAAAAUGGCCUUUUCUUCUUCCAAUCAUCAUUUUUCAACACAAGUCAAACCUACUCAUCUACGUCAACGUCGUACAAUAAGUGUUCAAAUAUUAUCAUCAAUUGAUGAUGAACGCUAUCGAAACUACUAUCGUUACGAUGUUCCAAUUCAUUCAUGUCGCGAUUCAUUAUUUAGUUCAAAUCGUUGGCCAUCAACUGAUUAUCAUGGAUUUUUAAAUUUAUGUAUCGUUUUAUUAGUAAUGUCAAGUGGUCGAUUAGUAUUAGAAAAUUUGAUUAAAUAUGGUCUAUUAAUUGAUGGUUUAAGUUUAUUUCAUUCUCUAUUUGCUGAACCACAUAAAUGGCCUGGUCUCUCACUUGGACUAUGUGUAAAUAUAUUUGUUUUAAUUGCCUAUCAACUUGAACUUAUUCUUAGCCGUUUAACAGUAAAAUCACGAUUUGAAAAAUAUUUAUAUGUCUUACACGUAAUAAAUUUAAUUCAAAUGCUUAUUGUUCCAGCUAUAUGUGUUUGGUAUUUCAAACCAAAUCCAUUGAGUUCAUUUAUUGCUUUAAUGAUUUAUACAAUUGUAUUUAUGAAGUUAAUAUCUUACAUACAUAUUAAUUAUAUAUGUAGAGAGGCUCUACCAAAUUUAAAACUUCUAUUAAAAAGACAUAGAAGUCAUCAUGAUCUAACAUCUUUAGUAACUAAUGGACAUUAUGAUACAUCCACAACAACGGAAGAAGACGAAGAAGAAGAAGAUAAUGAAAUGUCAGAUCAAAUAUUAUGUGAAACAUCAUUUAGACAUCAAAGUCCUUUAUCAAAAAUGACAAAAAAAAAGAAAUUAAUAAAAGGAAAUCACUUAAAAUCGACAAAAUAUUUGUCUUUAUAUAAUUUAAACGAGUCAUUAGUCGAUUUUUAUCCAUUAAAUUUAACAUUAUCUAAUUUAUAUUAUUUUCUUGUUAUUCCUACAUUAUGUUAUGAAUUAAAAUUUCCAAAAACUCGUCGUAUUCGAAAACGUUUUCUUAUUCGUCGUACAUUAGAAGUGAUAUUUUUUGCCAUGUUAAACAUUCUUCUUAUUCAACAAUGGAUAAUGCCCAUUUUACGUAAUUCACAUCAGCCAUUUCGAGAUUUAGAUUAUUUACGUUUAAUAGAACGUUUACUCAAAUUAGCCGUUCCAAAUAAUAUCGUAUGGUUAAUAUUUUUCUAUUGGUAUUUUCAUUCUGUAUUAAAUUUGAUUGGUGAACUGACAUAUUUUGGUGAUAGAGAAUUUUAUCGUGAUUGGUGGAAUGCAUCUCAAGUGGGUGUAUUUUGGAAAAAUUGGAAUGUACCUGUUCAUAAUUUUGCUUCAAGACAUUUAUUUAAACCAUUAUUAAGAAUGGGUGUUGCAAAAUUUCAUUCAGCCUGUAUCGUCUUUUUUAUAUCGGCAUUUUUUCAUGAAUAUUUGGUUAGUGUACCAUUAGGAAUGUUUCGUCUUUGGGCAUUUAGUGGCAUGAUUUUACAGUUACCAUUUGCUUUUGCCGUUAAUCAUUAUUUGAAAGAUAAACCAAGAUUAGGAAAUAUAGCUGUUUGGUUAUCAUUAAUUAUUGGACAACCAAUAGCGAUUAUGAUGUAUUUACACGAUUAUUAUUAUGACUAUUAUCGAAAUACCAUUCAAAACUAG